AUGCGUGAGCGCAACGCGGCAUGCGGCUUCGGGCAGACAGGCAGAGCCCGCGGCGGCGCGCGGACGAUGGCGCGCUGGCUGUGGGCGGUGACGCUCCUGACUGCUGUGCAGGCCUGGCGACCACCACCGAAGCCUCUCCUGCUCUCACCCACUGCACCCGCACGCUUGACAAGACACGGCCACUCAACCAUCCACCAUCUACAUCUGUUCGGGUGGCAUCUAGAGCUACAAGAAAAUCGCGCUAUCCGAUCUCCCUACUACAACGAGUGCAAGUUUUACAAGGGACGUGUACUCUACGAGGACGAAUCCUCAGUGACUGUUACUGAGUGUGAAGGACAACUUUAUGGACUGCUUCAAGUUGCUGGUGAAGAUUUUGUGCUGCAGCCAACAAGACCUGACGGCCGCAGUUCUCAUGUGCUGCGCCGGCGCGAUGUCUUGUUAUCGGACUUACCUACAGCUUACAAUUUGACUGGUGAUACGGUUUCUGACCUCGAUAUUGACUUCAGUGAUGAACCAAUAUUACCCCACGUGCAUCCACGAAAUAGUGAGCAUUCGGAAAGUAUUGACUAUUAUCGAAACGUGCGUCCAGUAACCCGACCAGUUUCAGGCGUUAAGGGAUUAUGGCUCGAAAUGGCUAUUGUGGCCGAUCAUACAAUGUUGAAGUUUCACGGUCAAGAGCGAGUAAAGCAUUACAUCUUAGCUCUAAUGAACAUUGUCAGUGCCAUAUUCAACGACCCUUCGCUUAAUUCAAACAUAACUCUCGUCAUCAACAAUUUGUUCAUGUACGAAGAAAAGGAUCCAAUCAUAAAAUACGGCAACGUAAAGAAAUCACUAGAAGCAGCCAACAAAUGGAACUACAGACAUCUAAUGAAGUUACCAGCUGAUAGUACGGGAUGGGACGCUACUAUAUGGUUGACGAGAGCACCACUCGGUGGACCUUCUGGUUUCGCCUCUGUCGGAGGUAUUUGUACUCGCACUCGUUCCGCUGCCAUUGACAGAGAUGAGGGACUCACCAGCGCCUUUGUCAUCGCGCACGAGCUCGGGCACCUACUUGGUCUAACCCACGACGGAGAAGGAAAGUGUCAAUUUGAUUCUCAGCGUGGAUCAGUAAUGGCCCCUACUGUUCUCGCCACUCUGCAUCACUUCGCUUGGUCCUCGUGUUCCAAGGAACAAUUUCACGAGAAGUCAAAGAAAUGGUGGUGCUUACAUGAACGAAGUCAAGACGAGGGUGUUGAGCUUGGUGGCGCUAAAGAACUCUCAAACUACGCAUUCACUAUGGAUGAACAGUGUCGAACUGAAUUCGGUGAAGGGUUCUCAGUGUGUAAGUCCGUUAAAGUACGGUCGGUUUGUGCGAGGCUGUGGUGUGCUCAUCGUGGCAUACCGCACGUGUGCCGUUCGAAACGGGCCCCGCCACUAGAGGGCACUCCAUGUGGCCCCAAUCGGUGGUGCGUUAAUCGUGUUUGUGAGUUAAUGCCGGGUCAUGGUGCUGAGAUCAAAAGUCGAGAUGACAACAAGGUUCCAAGUACACCGGAAUGGGGGGAAUGGGGGGAAUGGAGCGAGUGCAGUGCCGACUGUGGCUAUGGUCUGCGCACUCGUACACGACAUUGCAGGUAUAAGGGAUCCACAUCGGACAGUGCAUGCGAAGGCGCUGGUUCUCAAGUGGCAGUAUGUUGGAAGGGGUCAGCAUGCGCCGCCACGCGGGACAUUCGCACGGACGUGUGUGUGCGUCAGGCCAGUCAUCUCAUACCCCACGUGCACCCAGAUGAGUCAAAAAACUGCGAAACAUGGUGCGUUGACUACGCGGGUGGCAAUCCUUCUAAGUUCGGUGUCCUUCCUGACGGCUCACCUUGCAGUUAUCAAAGGCCUUUUGACCUUUGUUCACAGGGAGUGUGUGUUAAAGGGCAAUGUAACACCACCGAUCCAGCUUGCAACUGGUGUCCGGACGGAUACUGUAAUAAUAACACACAUUUGUAUACAAGAAAACUCGGAAAAGGUUGGACACGUUUAACAGUUAUACCACAUGAAGCUCGUCUCAUGUCUGUACACAUUUCGACGCCAGUUGCGCUCAAUAUUGCUAUUCGAGAGCGUAAAAAGAACAGACCGAUCCUCGAACUAACGAAACAUCAUUCGAAACACUUUGAAUUGGACAACAAACAGGACAAAUAUUUAAAAUACGACCCGAACGUACCACAAAAUUUGCAAAUAAUAGAAGUAGAUAGUAAUAUAAUUAAUAUUAAAGAAGGCGAGCGCUAUGGUUGGGAAGGGGAAGUGGUGGCUGCGGGAAGUCAAGUGCGGUGGAAACAGACAGACACAGAUGUGUUCAUAACAUCACCAUCUCGUCUGCAGACCGACUUAAUGAUUAUGGCUAUCCCCGAAAGUCAAGUUGUUACCGAUGAGGUACUAACUGUAGAAGUAUCGGUAAACUACAGUACACCGGCAGAGCGCUCGCGUCCGAUGGAAUACAGAUGGUCAACGGAGCGAGGUCCGUGUUCGGCAUCAUGCGGCGGCGGAGUGCGUGCCGUCAGGCAGCGAUGUCCUCGGGAUCAACACUGUGCACCCACGCGAUAUGAACGUUGCAACUCUCACAGUUGCGAAUUUACAUGGACUCCCGGCGAAUGGGAAGAGUGCAGUGCAACAUGCGGUGACGAAGGCGUUCAAGAGAGACAGUUGUUUUGUAUGCCUACGAAUGUGAGUGUAUCCUCAAGAAGAGACCUCAUAAGGCGGAGCGUGUCACCAGCUCUAUGCCCGCCGACCAAACCUGACAGACAGCAGCCAUGUAACCGUCUGCCUUGUCCAGUCUACUGGCAAGAGAUGCCGUGGACUCCGUGUUCGACGACGUGCGGUCGCGGAAUAUCCCACCGGCCGCUGGUGUGCCCGGCAGCAGACGAAGUGCUAUGCGGGCCGAAGCCGCGCGAGCGCCGGCGUCGCUGCCGCACGCGCCACUGUCCCCCCGCGCCCCGCCCCCACCCCACCUGCCCUGACAGCGACGGCACGCAGUACUGCGAGCUGUUCACGCGGGACCAACUCGAGCGGAACUGCAUCGUGCCGCCGUUCAGAAAGUACUGCUGCAACGCCUGUCGCAGCGUUGACACCGAACAUUUCGACACUGUUAGACAUUAG